AUGUUCUUGCGGGUAAGGUAAGUCUCGGGUUUGACGCUGUCUUCAUGGGUACGGUAGCGACGGUUUGUGCCUCAUUUCUCGACGUAAUAAAGCUAUUGGUUAUUCUAUCGCUGAUAUCUCGGAAUUCUAGGUGGCAAUUUGCCAAUAGCCUUUCAAAUUUACAAGCCAACUUAUUCUCCUAUCAAAAAGAUAUAAUUUAUCCUCUUUCAGCUUCAUAAUAAUCUCCAUAGGCCUGUUUGCCCACUACACCUUCUCUUGUGGAUGUUGUGGCGGCGGUGGUGGUUGCUGUGACUGUUGCUCGUCCUCGAUCCCGACCAUGGCAACAACACAAGCAACCCCAAUGACGACGACUUCCGAAACUCUUAAUAUCAAUGUUUCACGACGUCGAAGAGCGUAUGAAGACUCGGAUGUCAAGCUGACCUAUUUACCGAGAGUUCAGCGAGAGGAGUUUCUGAAAGACGAAGGCCCAACUGGAAGCGAGUGCAAUUGUACCUGUGACGACGAAUGGAAUACAACCGAGUUGCCGACGACAACUUUGGGUCCAGAAAACUCCGAUGCGUCGUUGAAUUUGUGGUCCCAAAUCAGCGACGUCAUGGAUAACACAACCGUGAUCGAUUCGCUGUGA